AUCUGUGAUUUAACCGACGAAUUCAAAAUAAGCGUAACCUCGCUAAAAUUUAAACGGUCGGAGCGGUUGUAUCACUUAGGCCUUACUGCAGCGAAGAUUCAUCGAACAGGAAAAGAAGGAAUUACACAAAAGAUUCCGAGAUGUCGGAAUUGUACGGUGACAGUGCGAGUGACACGAAAAUCGAGGAACAUCUGGAGGAGAGCUCGAUCUGUCAUGAUGAUUACAAAAGGCUGAAGCAAGAGAACGAGAACUACCGGCAGGAGUUGCAUGUUCUGCGACGCAAACUGGAAAUUAAUACAGCGCUCAUAAAAGAUCUUCAGAGCUCUGGAGAUGCUUUGGAGGCGGAUAUGAAGAAAUUCGCGCAAGCGACGGUUAUGCGAUGUUCCGAGAAAGAAGUAAAGUACAAUGCUGAGCGAAAGGAAUACGAAGAUCGUAUUGCAGAUCUAGAAGCAAGCCAAGUAAAAUGUGAACACACAAUUGAGCAGUUGCUGAAAGACCUGCAAAAAUAUGAAGAUCUUGUGAAUAAGCGAUCGUGUGAUCUGACUGGAACAGAAGAUGCUUCGAUUGUGGAAUUAUCUAAGAUGCUCGAAAAUGAGACAGAGAUGCGUGAAAAAAUGGAGACGGAUAAAAGGGAGUUGAUAUUGAAACUUUCCCGCGUGGAUGCUGAAUAUAAAGAGCUUGAACAUUGUUUAAAAAAAACAAGGGAACAACUGGCAGAGAAAAAAGAGGAAUUGGAAGACGCACGGGAAACUGCUAGAGAAUUAGCUGUGACUCUUGAGGAAUUGCAGUCGUCCAAUAUGACUCCUGCUAGUGACACGUGUAAAGGAAAUUCUUUAUUUGCUGAGGUCGAAGAUCGCCGGCAAAUGUUGUUGGAUAAGAUGGAAGCGUUUUCGCACAAAUACAAUGCAGCAAAGCAAGAGCUGAAUAGGGCAAAGACCGAAAUCAAGCUGCUGAAGAUGGAGAAAGUCAGCAUGGCUAGAAAAAUGGAAACUGAUUUGAUUGAUACGUUGCAAGAGAAUGCAGAGCUUCUGACUAAGUACAAGAGUAGGAUCUUCGAUCUCGAGAACAAGUUAAAGGCUGAAAUUAAUAAGAAUGAUCAGAUGGAAGAAAUGCAGUCUACAGACGAUAGCUUUAAUUACGCUCAAUCGUUGCUAGCCGCGAAGGGGAAAGAGCUCAAGGAGUUGAAUGAAAAAAUUGAGAAGCAAGCUAUGCAGAUGCUGGUGCAGGACGAAGUAAACUACAAUCUCUCGAGACAGCUUCGUUACUGGCAGCGUAAAGCAAUGUUUUUGAACAUUCAAGUUAGUGCUAUAAAAGAGAAAUUGAAAUUGCAAGAUACACAUGGUAGUAAAGUCAUUCUUCAAUCUAUCGAGGAUUGCAAAUUUAUUGAUAAUGACAAUUUUGAAAAGGGCUGUGAUUCUUCAUCUUAUGAUCUCUCGCCGGAUGAUACUCUCUGUUAUGAGAAUUCAGAUGAAGAAAAUUCAACGAAAAAAGUGUCAAAAGAGCCAGUAGUGGAUUCCGCGAAAGAACAGAAGGAAUCCAAAAAAUUCGUAAAUUUCGCUAGUGAUACUAAAGACUCGGAGAGUUUUAAAAAAUCUUUGAAAAAACAACCGAAACAACCGAAAUAUUAUCCUGUUAUAGUUUGUAAAGAUGAUGGUACGUUCUCUGUUUCAUGAUUCAAUCUUAAAUUCACUUUUUACUUUACUGCGAUACUGUACAGCACAUUAGCGGUUUUUACCAAAUAAUUUGCAUGAAAAAACAAAAUUAUUAAAGGGGAACAAUUAAUGGAUAAGAUAUAAUGGAGAUAUAAUGCAGAUAUAUUUUUUUAAUUUUACAAUUUAAUAAAGAGCUAUUUUGUAUGUUUUUUAAA